UGCGUCAAAAGAGCUUCUGUCUCCGGUGAAUGGUGAAUGGUGAAUGGUGAAUAGUGAAUAUCUGCAAUGUGCCCCGAGAUGUCGUCCGUGCAAGUGCUGGCCUCGCUGGCCGUGAUCGGUUUAUUGGUUGUGUCUCCUGCGGAGGCAAUCAGCAGACCAUUGCCCCCCUACGUGGGUCUGCCCACCCAGGAUGGCCUCACGCGUCUGUUCCUCAGUUCGCGAGUGACGCAGAGAGAUCCCUUCGCCUCGGUGGCAUGUUUCGGUGGCUACAUCGGUGAAUCGAACCUGAUCGCGGAGCUGUACAGUGCCAACUACACCAGCUGCUACAAUGCGGCAGCGAACUCCAGGAGGGGCAUCGAUUCCGACUUCCUGGCCACGCGCAGGACCAUCCGACUUUCAUCCGACAGGGUUUGCGGUGAGCUCAGGGCUUGCAACCAGAUCAACGGAACCCUCGAGUCCUUCAAGUGCCACGCCAAUGUGGGCUCCAACAACACGGUGUCCACCUACAGCAUCUCGGGAAACGCCUCCGAGUCGGCCAGCGUGCUGGAGGAGCGCUACCGCGUGGUGGAGCUGCGCCAUGGGCAGUGCUGCCAGCGGGCGGAGCGCAACUACGUGGAGUCCACCGCCAAGAACUACAACUACCUGCAGGCCUGUCUGGAUGGCCGCGCUAAGCCGAAGCCCAUGCCCACAUCCACGACCUCCACAACGACGACCAGCACCACCACAACCACGACCACCGAGGCACCCACCGAACCACCAACCACCACCGAGACCCCUUUAAACGUCGAGGAUCAGUUCAAGCAGCUAUUGAAUUUGUUAAACUAAUGCCCGCUAAAGUGUACAACUUUUUCAAGCAGGGACUUCGCAAUUAAAGACAGGGCCGUCCCUAAGCAAAAAAUCCUUGGGCAAACAUUUGCCCAACUCGAAAUUCAACCCUCUGGCAAAUAAAUUAACCCUGCACAAAGGGGUUGAAGGAUUGAGUUUCGCACA